CGCCAUAUCCUUCUGAUUUUCUUCGAGUUGGCAGCGUGAGCUUGAAGUCCAGCAUUCUUUGAUAGAAUUUCCGCUCUUUUUUUAUUUCUAAGGAAAUAUUUUGCUGCUAUUAGUAGCUAUUUGUCUUAUUUAUAAAUCUAUUUAAAGUAACUAAUAACUUAUUUUCAAAUAUGCCGGCUACACGAUCCCGAACAAGCAGCGCUGAAGUGACCACUGAAGUCAAAGAAAGCCCAAAAAAGGAAAUCAAAUCUCAAGAACCGGUUGAAGAAUCCGUGAAGCCUGAAAAGGUUGAAGAUGGCAAAACAGAGGAAGUAAAAGCUGAAGCCGAUUCCAGUGUAGAAGCUACAGAAUCUAAGGAAGAAAAUGGCAAGCACGAGGAAGAAAAAAGUGCGGAAGCUGAAGUAGCGAAAGAAAAUGGUCAAGCCGAAUCAGAAAGUGAGGCUAAGGAAGAAGAAAAGAAAGAAGCAGAAGAGAAACCAGAGGAAGAUGGCGAGAAAAAGGAAGAAAAUUCUGUGGAAGAUGGUAAGGACGAUAAAGAAGCAGAAGCUGAUGGUGGAGUUAAGCGUAAAGUUGAGGAAGAAAAGGAGGAAGUUACUGAAUCCAGCCCCAAGAAAAAAGCUAAAAUUGAAGAUGAUAAGGAAGAAAAAGAUGCAGAUAAGCCUAUUGAAGAAGCUACUCCUGUUGUUGAGCAGUGUGCAUAGAUCAUUUGUAUUUUGUACAUUUUCUGUUGUAAGUUAACUUUUGUACAUGACUCAGUGAUUUUAUUUUCAUUUUCUGAAGAGCACAAGUGUGGGAAGGUGCACAGUUAGAGCUUGUAGUAGCACAUCCAAGGUUUUAUUCGAAAUUCUAGCAAUAAUGAUUAAUAUACAAGUUUAUCAACAUUGCAUUUUACAGUGUAAUUAUCCAUUUUUGUGAAUAUAUAAUAGUUUUUUUUUCAUUCAUGUUUAAAUUAUCAUCCUACAAGUAAUUCCAUUUUUACUAGAAUAAGCAUUGAUGUAUGUUGUAAGAUUGCAUUGAAAUCGAGAACUUGGUUUUGAGAUUAUCAUCAUGUGUUCUAUGGUCUUCCAUGCUUUGGUAAUAAAGUUUUCA